AUGGCUGUAACAUCAAAGCAGACGAAUACAUGCUUUUUUACCUUUAAUUUCAGAAGUUGAAUUGCAGUUUGAAACAACAAAAUGUUCAAUAAACCCUUUCGUGUUAAAUCUAAUACUCCAAUAAAAGGAUCGGAAAGGAAGAAAUUAAAAGCAGAGCUUCAGAAAUGUUAUCCUACUAUAACAGAAGAAGAUCUAGCACUAGCAAUCCCUAACAAAGAGGAGAUGUCUGUAAUGAAAAUUGAAACUCAUGGAGGAGAAAUCGUCAGUGCUCAUGUGGUCGGCAAAAAGCCAAUUGUUUUUCACAUCAGAGAUAAACUUUACCCUACCAUCUAUUUAUUAUGGAUACUUCCUGGUAAGCUUAUCCCCUACUUCACAACUUGGCAUGAAGUUGUCCCAAAAUUCAACAAUGGAGCAGAUCUUAUGCUGCCUGGAUUUAUCAUCAAAGAAGAACUUGGACUCAGAGCUUAUGGAAGGUUGAAUAAAGGUGUCACAGUUGCUAUUAACAGCAACACUAAUUCAGCAGCUGUUGCUGUAGGGAUCACAGCUCUCUCAAGUGAAGAUAUGUAUAUGGCUGGAAGAAGAGGAAAAGGCAUAGAAAUACUACACUGCAUUGGUGACUUUCUCUGGCAAGCUGGAACCAAAGAUUCACCUCCUGAACUGGGGCCUCCAGGAUGUCAGCCUGAUGCUGACAGUAAAGAAAUACCUCCCCAAAAUGCAACUACUAGUAGUGAAGAACAACCAGCUGAAUCACCAGAAAAAAAAGAGCCAGAAGAACUAGACACAAACCAUGAAUCCUUGUCAGAAGCUAAGGUAUCUGCAGAAACUGCAGUUGAGCAAAAGAAUCCACAAGAAACUAUGGAUGACUUGCUCAACUACUGCUUUUUCAAAGCACUUAGAACCACUGCUAAGAAGAUUGAGCUUCCUGUUCUUACUAGUAAUUUCUACCGAUUGCACAUUGUGCCAUCCUGUCCGUCAGAAAAAACACUCGACGUCAAGAAGUCUUCGUAUAAAAAGCUUUCAAAGUUCUUAGAUGUUCUGACGAAGGAGGGCGUCAUUGAAGUAAAAGAAUUUACUAAAGGCGUUGAAAGCAUUUCUGCUAUCCGUUAUGAUCACGAGCGUGUUCGCAGUUUCCGUGUCGAUAUUAAUGACAAGCAAGAUCAGCUACCUGUUUUGGAGAAGGUUGGAGAAAUGGAAAAGUAUCUUCCGCCAGUGAUAACGCGGAUGUAUGCGGUCAACGCCAUUUGUUUGCCGCUUUUCACUCCAACCUACCGGAAGGGGACAAAUUUGACAACACAGCAGAUCCGUCAGUACUUAACGGAAUAUGUCCGAGCAAACCAAUUGCAAAAUGUAACCAAUCCAAGUCAGGUGACAUUGGAUCCCAUUUUAAGUGACGUCAUGCUUAAAAAAGGCGAAAUAAUUCCUUCGCUAAGCUGGGAAGAGCUAAUGAACCGUAUCCAAAUGAAACUUUCGACCGUUUAUGAAAUGAUUUUUCCGAACCAGACAACUCCCCUCAUUGUAAAAGGAGAAUUGGAGCCUGUGGAGAUAACUACAGCAUCGAGAGCGGGUAAUAAAAAAGUCACUCUGAUCUCUGGCCUAGAGACCUACAGGAUUGACCUAGACGAAUUUGCUCGGAGGUGCCAAGUGGGUGUGGCUGCAAGUACGACAAUAACCAGUUCACCGGCUAAAAAGGGUCAAGUAGUGUUGGUUCAGGGUAACCAAAUUAGUUUUGUUGGAAACCUGCUUAUUGAUGAAUAUGGAAUUCCCAAGCAAUUCAUCCAAGGCUUCGACUUGAAGAAAGCCAAAAGCAAAAAAUGAUGGUCUGAAUAAUUGUUUAUGAGGAUGAGCUCAAUAAAAACAGAAUUAAUACCUUA